CUGUUUUUAAUUUAAGCUGUUUCGCUGCUAGACUGCAGUUCACUCGCAGAAGCCACCAGAGAGGAAGAAAUUCCCUCCUGGGGUGUUUUGGGGAGUGAAUUUUCUGUUUCUUUUCUUCCACAUUAAUGCUUGUUCAGGUUUGACUUCUAGUGGGCAGCGCUUCCCUUCCUUCUCUCUUAUAUGAACAAGUCCCCGCGAUCAUUUUCCGCUCGCUGUUACGACGUGGCUCACGAUGGAUUUAAGUAUAUAGAAGUGGGGAACGAUUUACAGCCACUAAAUUCGGAACAUUGAAUUAUCUUCAUGUACUGUCUCCUGCCCAGCGUAUUUUAUUAACCUGUUUUAUAUCGAUUAUGGUUUACUCGAUAUAGUGAACUAUAAGGAUAAAAAACGAGUUUGCCUGCUACAGACUUAUUUAGGAACGGAGGGCAGGGAGCGUAUAGAGAACCAAAUACAGCUGAAUUCUCUUUGGGUGCCCCUGAAUGGGAAUGUGUGAAAGCUGAAGGCACAGCAUGAGAGCUAAUUGACCGAAGGGGCUUCUGCACUAUGAGAAGGUGGGAGUAGUAAAUUUCCUCAUUCCUUUGGAUUUUCCUGGAGAUCUGUCCCCUUUUUUUCUCCUUGAUAUAUAGGAUAUCAUGUCUCAGGAAAGUCAGCAUGGGAAAUGGACAUUGUCCAGUAGUGAAGAUGAGUUAGCUGAUUCUGAGAAGCCUUCUACCUCUGUGAAGCAGACAGGCCAGGAAAGUAAAAAGAGUGGCCACUCUCACUCAGAGGCAAGGAAAGCUGCUCAAAAGAGAAAAAUGUCUCCUCUGAAAUAUGUAGCUGGAAACUUUCCACAGGAGGCGGCUUCAGAUCAGAAAUUUUCCCGGGAAGACUUUGGCUGGUGUCUUUCCAGUAGUGAAGAUGAGGAUCUUAAAACCUCAAGUGGAAAUAGAGAUGCAAUAACUACAGUCAGAAAAGCAGAGAGUGGUACGUCCACGGAGCUACCGACAUCCUGUAAGAUUUCAUCAAGUCACAAGUCUGCAGAGCCAUCUGAAGUGCAGGACACAUGGGAUCUGUUGAAUGGGCAGAACCCUUUCAGAUUCUUCCUCACUAAAGUCAAAGGAAUUAAGUCAAAGUACAAUUCUGGAGCCCUUCAUAUAAAAGAUAUUUUAUCUCCUCUUUUUGGAACUCUUGUAUCUUCUGCUCAGUUUAAUUAUUGUAUAGAUGUGGAAUGGCUGGUCCAACAAUAUCCAAAGGAAUUCAGGGACAAACCUUUAUUAAUAGUCCAUGGAGAGAAGCGAGAAUCCAAGGCUGAGCUACAUGAAGAUGCUCACCCUUAUAAAAAUGUUCGUUUAUGCCAGGCAAAAUUGGAUAUUGCCUUUGGAACCCACCACACGAAAAUGAUGUUGUUGAAUUAUGAAGAAGGCCUUCGAGUGGUGAUACAUACAUCCAAUCUUAUUGAUGAUGAUUGGUACCAGAAAACACAAGGAAUAUGGCUAAGUCCUUUGUAUCCAAGAUUGCCUCCUGGGAGUGCUGAGUCUGAUGGUGAAUCUCAUACAAAUUUUAAAUCAGAUCUCAUCAGCUAUUUGAUAUCUUAUAAAUCGGCUAGUCUGAUGGAGUGGGUUGAAAUAAUUAAGCAACAUGAUCUUUCAGAGACAAGAGUAUAUCUUAUUGGGUCAACUCCAGGUCGAUACCAAGGUAAUGCAAAAGAAAAUUGGGGUCAUCUUAAACUGAGAAAGCUUCUGAAGGAACAUGCAAGAAAAAUACCUGAUCAAGAUUCUUGGCCUAUAAUAGGACAAUUCUCAAGUAUUGGAUCAAUGGGAGUUGAUCAGUCCAAAUGGCUGUGUUCAGAAUUUAGAGAAAGUUUGGGGAGUUUAGGAAGCAAUUUGAAGACUCCUCCAAAUGAAAUUCCUAUCCAUCUGAUUUAUCCAAGUGUCGAAAAUGUGAGACAGAGUUUAGAAGGUUAUCCAGCUGGAGGUUCUCUGCCAUAUAGUAUACAAACUGCACAAAAGCAGCCUUGGCUACACUCUUAUUUCCACAAAUGGUCAGCUGAAACUUCAGGUCGUAGUCAUGCAAUGCCACAUAUUAAAACUUACAUGAGAGUCUCCUUGGAUUUCCAGAAGAUUGCAUGGUUUCUAGUGACAAGUGCCAAUCUUUCCAAGGCUGCUUGGGGAGCUUUUGAGAAAAAUGGCACCCAGCUGAUGAUCCGAUCAUAUGAACUAGGAGUUCUGUUCCUGCCUUCAGAGUUUGGCUUGAAUACAGAGUAUUUCCAAGUAAAGGAAAACAUGUUUGCUAAUACAUCAGUAUUGUCAUUUCCUGUUCCUUAUGAUCUGCCCCCUGAAAAGUAUGAAAACAAAGACCGCCCAUGGAUUUGGAAUAUUCCUUAUAUCAAAGCUCCUGAUACACAUGGCAAUAUGUGGGUUCCAAAAUGAAUAGUUUAAAGUAAUUCUGAAUCUUUAUUCAGAAUCAUUUGAAUAUUUGUCAGAUUUUAUGCUUUAUAUCUGUACAUUUUAUUAUAUAUCUGUACACUUGAAAAAAUUCUUUGAAUAAAAUAAAAGAUUUUGGGUUAUUAUUACUAACAACAUUUUUUAAAAAAAUAACUGCUUUGAAGAUUAGCCGUACUAAAUCUCAUGAUAAAUCAUACUUUUGAAAUUACAUAUAUGUAGAUGGUCCUUGUUUAGUGACCUUAAUUGGGAUUAGCAAUUUAGUCAUUAAGCGAAGUGGUCACUAAAUGAAAUAGCUAAUAAUCUUAUGAUUUUACUUCAUCUUUCCUUUGCUUUUACAGACCUGCCAAGUCAUAAAUACGAUGAUCAUAAAGUUCUUUCAUUUCUAACAGAAUAUUUUUCAUCACUGUCAUAACUGUAUGGUCAUUAAAUGAGGCAAUUGCUAAACAAGGUCUACCUGUAAAUUAGAAAAUUUUGAAAUGGCCAUGUCAGAUAGUUGUCUUUUUUUAGCCAGAAUAACUUUAAUUUUUUUAGGGAGAGUUUUGUAAAAUUCUGAACAUGAUAAAAGAGAAUGUUUACAAACAAUUGAAAUAAACUACCCAGCUGUUAGCAAUUAAAAAUGAAAUUAUAUUUUUCUUUUUUUGCAAAUAUUCAUGUGAUACUUUUGUAUAAUUUCUGCAAUGUCUUUAUUUUGCCUUUAUCUUUCUCAAAAACUGUAUAUUGUUAUAAGCAUAUAGUAUAAAACAUAAUUUGGUGCUAUUGCAAUGAUAUAAAAAUAUCAGACAUUCUAAUUAGAAAACAAAAACUUGUUUCACUGAUUUUUGAAAUCAUAUAUUUUGUAUUCUUUUACUAGCUCUAUAAAUUCUCAAAAUUUCAAUAUUUAUUUAUAUAUUUAUUGUGAGCCAAAAACAUGCAUCUGGGCAGAGUACAACAGAGAAUUAAAAAGAAAAAGCAGUAAAUAUAUAGUCAUAAUUAAAACUAUAAAGUAUCAUGAGCAGAGAUAAUGAUAUGCUAUAGCAACCAGGAUUUGAUGGGGAUUCCAGUUCAUUCUACAAUUCAUAAGAAUGUCAUGGGUCAUAUAGAUAUAAAACUAAUCCUUUCAUUUUAUUUUUUUAUUGCUUAUAAAACUGAAUUGUUGGUUUCCAUUCAAAGGCUGUAACUGAGUCUAUCACCAUAGCGCUGGUUGUCUUCUUUUUCCUUCCAGUUUUCCUUUACAUUCUUCACACUAGGUCUUCACACAAUCUAUCCAGAAUAGGAUAAUUUGAACCUAUUGUGCCUCAAUAAAGAACUUUGGAUUGAUUUA